AUGAAACAAAAGGAUUAUAGAUGUCAUUCUGCAGGAUUAUGCUUGUGUCAAAUCAAUAUUUAUAAAAAUAAUCUCAAUUGGAUCAGAUCAAAUGAAGUUAUUGAGAAUGUAAUUCAUCUUAUAAUGAGAUAUGGUGGUUAUAGCAGAGGUUAUGGAGGUAGUUCAAGUUAUGGUUAUGGUAGUUCUUCAAGUUAUGGAAAUUAUAGUUCCAAUAGACAACAAUAUAAUCGUCCAGUAGCUUCAAAUAAACAAGGAACUUUAUAUACUAGUGAUUAUUAUAGAAAUCCUUCAAAUCAAAGACAAUCUCAAUAUAAGCAAAAUACCAAUAGCUAUGGUAAUACAUCAAAUUAUAAUAAUCAAAAUUAUAGAAAUCAGCAGAAUUCUUCGUAUAAACAAAAUCAACCAACUAAUGUUAAUCAGAAUGUUACUGUAAAUAAACAAGGAAAAGGUAGGUUUGGUAUGGGUAGAGUAGGUGGAUUUUUUAAAUGGCCAUUUAUGUUUAUGAUGUUUAAUAGAAUGGGUAAACGUCAUCAUGAACCACCACCACCACCACCUCAACAACCAGUGGUUGUGAAUGUUCAUGGUCCACCACCUCAAGAUGAGCAACUACAAACAGAUCUACCAAAAGAAAGACAAUUAAAAUCAAGAACAUUGAUUAGUAAAAAUAAUCAAUAUGCAAAAGAUACAAGUCCAAUAUCAGAACAUUCACAAUCAAGUAAUUAUGAAACAAGAACUUUUGGACAUUUGGCAUCAGAUAAUAAUUCUUUGGAAGUUAAUUCAACUUCUUCAUUUAGAGGUGAAAAUUUAGUUUCUUCUAAAACUCCAUCUAAUGAUAAUAAAGAACUAAAAAAACCUUAUUCUCAACAAACAAUUGAUAUGAAGAGACUUUUACAACUGACACCACCUGCUGAUUUUAAUAAUGGUGUUGAAUUUGAAGAACAAUGUCAAACAUCUUUUCAACCAUAG